AUGACCCAUGUCAUUGAGCGUGAGAGGGGUGUCAUGGCAACACAGGACAAUAAAUUACUGUUACCUUGCUAUUCUGCAUGGCCACGCCGAUGUGACAAAGCAUCCUCAAUUCAGGCGUGCCGCUUAUUUCUCUUAGUGUACCUGACACUGACGAGUACACUAACCACCUUGCUCCGAACCUCAAAACUAUUCCGUCGAUGGGGUCCAGUGGUUUCGACCCGAACGCGUUGCGCCGAACUACUGAAUCAGUCUCAGCUCGAAGAAGCUCCUUAUGACUUCACAAUCGAAUGUGCUGACGGCACCCUUCGCGCACAUAGAAACGUCCUUGCCGCCGAAUCCGAUUACGUCAAAGCGCUUUUCGAUAUACCUAUGGUAGAGGCCAGCUCAUUGGAAGUAAUAUUGAGAGAUAUUUGUAAGGAGAUAAUGACCAGAAUACUUGACAUCAUCGACACGCAUGUCGAUGAUUUCAACGCCGAUAAUGAUCUAGACCUAUUCAUAACAGCCCAUUACCUCCAAGUCACCCGAAUAAUGACAAAGUGUAUAAAAGCAUUAAAAGCUAACAUUAGUACAGACAACGCCACUCAAAUGUAUUGCACUGCUGACAAGUACUGCAUGAGGGACCUUUGUGAAUUUGUGUUUGGCGUUCUAGAGAAAAAUACUACGCCACUUAUAACAACAGAUUUCUUCUCUGAUAUGGUUGAUGCUAAUCUGAUACGUGCCUUUCUCGAAAGUGACAAUCUCCUCGUACUUCAUGAGGAUUCAGUGUUUGAAUUUUUGACAGCUUGGCUUGACAAAAAACAAAUGGCGAGGAUGUGGUAUGCAGGGGAGUGCAAGGAGCUAAUAAGAUUUCCGUUUCUUAAAGCAGAAACGGUAGAGCAAUUGGAGAAAGUGCUCGUCGGUCCGACUGUGGCUCUAAGGCAAAAAUUAGCACCACCAAAAUAGAAUCUGGAUUUACCCCUCUUUCGACGUCGCAGAUAGACAGUGGCUCACUGUCACUUCUUGUGGUAAAAAAGAGGUCCCGGUCGGCUAGAAGAACAUACGGACCGCUUAGUGCUAACCAGCCUCAACACGACGACUACACGAAGAUCCGCUUCAGUAAUUAGUGGCCAUACAAUCUACUCGAACGACGGUCAAACUGUCUAUAGUUUCAGCAUUAACAAGAUAAAAAACGAUUUCGUUCUAGUUCAAUAGUCCCUGGCAAGUUUCGCGCACCCGGUAUCACCGUGCUUCAUGAUUACAUUGUACAUGUGUGUUCGACUGCGAGGCCACGCACCAGAUGCUGCGAGCGGCCAUUUUAAGGAAUUGAUCGGAGACAACAGCAGACCCGAAGCUUCGACACGUGCUUUUCUCGAUUCAUCGAUACAGCAGCAAGGCGUUCCGCGAUACUGGGCAAUCCACCAGACGACGUGCGCGGCUGGAAGCCGUCUACAAGACGAAGUGACGCAGUUUUUGCUUGGUACUAUGACAACGGAAGUGGGAGGUUCGUAUGGCCGCGUUUAACCUUUUGACUCGUGAGUCGAAAUGCCGCAUAACCGAAACUCGCUUACAACAGCCCUGGUCCCGCCAGCGGCCGCUGAUCGUUUGAAACAACGUCUACACCGUAGCAGACAACGAAAAUUCAACCGGAUUCAUUGUUGAUAAAUUCAAUCAACAAGAGGGGACAUUUGAAAUAGUGCAGAAGUUGUAGCUUCACAAUAGUCGUUACAUAGGAGUGGUGCCGAUGGAUCUAGGUCGGCCCUGCGCCGUCACGGACGACACAUGGCUUGCUGCAGAGAGAUUGGAAAGCUUCCGGAUAGAACACGCAGUCAAAGAGUAUUCAUUCAUUCAUUAGCUACGACAAAUUGGGGCGGGUUGAAGGGCGUAGCAUUUUGCGUUAGUGAUCUCCGGCUUGUUUAGCUAACGGUUUCGAAAUCCGCGAGGUGUUCAUAGCGUGCGCGGAAACAUUAAAAGUCAACAUCGUCACCAAGUCGUACUUCACUAUACGUAAACAUUAUAAAUCUGCUUUCAGCUCUCUAUUGAAAACAUGGCGUCAAUUCUGAUCACACAGGACGUGUCGUUAAGUAAAAUUGAUAUUAUAGGGACGGGUGCCUAAUAGCAUCCCAAUUCAUGAGUAAAUGCGGCUCAAAUAUGUCUAUAAGGAGCUUCUUGAAUCCAAAUAAAUUGCUAUUUGUCAGUACCAGUUAUGUAUAUAAUACUAUGAGCUAACGCGCAACAUUCAAAGAAGCGAGAAUCGCGUAAGGCUAGCCAAGAGUUCAGUGUUGCAGUUUUUCUACAGUAUGAUUCAGUAGAAAUGGAGGUUGCCAAGAUGCAGUCCGUAGACAAAUCUAAGGGGGGUUAAUAGGGUUGUCAUUGUCGCCAGUGUGGACAUAUGGCAUAUGUGAAGAGAAUAUU